GCUGCAGCCAGUUCGCGGCAUGUUGAGCUGUCCUGGGGGGUGCGUCCGUUUGACCAGCAGCGACUUCAGCGAAGCUAGUCGACAGUCGGGUACAAGCCUUCAGCUCGGUGACAGUAUUUUGGUUACGGCUCCCCUGGACAGCGAGGGAGAGAAUGAGAAUAGUGGAUUUAGUUUCUACUUGUAGGUACAGCGCAGCAGCAGCAGAAGAAGAAGGGAAGUCACUUCAAAAGAUUUUGACAUGAAGAAGGACAUAGACACAUUGAUAGCAGAGGAACGCGCUGAAAUCAUCUCUAAAUAUGACAAGGGCAGGCAGGAGGGUGUCAACAUUGACCCAUGGGAGGACGCUGACUACAGCAUCUAUAAGGUCACCGACCGCUUCGGCUUCCUGCACGAGGAAGAGCUGCCAACACCCAGUGCGCUUGAAGAGAAGCAAAAGCACCACGAGAUAGAGCGAGUGGAGAAAUGGCUGAAGAUGGUGAAGAAGUGGGACAAGUACAGAAACAGCGAUAAGUUGGCAAAGCGUGUGUAUAAAGGCAUCCCUCUGCAGCUGAGAGGCCAGGCCUGGGCCUUGCUUCUGGACAUAGAGAAAGUCAAAAAGGAGAACGACGGAAAAUAUGAGAGAAUGAAGCAGCAGGCUCGUAACUUUUCCACAGAGAUCAAACAGAUUGACUUAGACGUCAACAGAACCUUCAGGAACCAUAUCAUGUUCAGGGACCGCUUUGGAGUCAUGCAGCAGGCGCUGUUUCACGUACUAGCAGCUUACUCAGUCUACAACACGGAGGUGAGCUACUGCCAGGGGAUGAGUCAGAUCGCUGCCAUCUUGCUCAUGUACCUGAAUGAGGAAGAUGCCUUCUGGGCUCUGUCCCAGCUCCUCAACAACAGCAAGCAUGCCAUGCACGGGUUUUUCAUCCCGGGAUUUCCCAAGCUGCAGCGUUUCCAGGCCCACCAUGAGCUGAUCCUCUCCAAAAUGCUGCCAAGGCUGAAGAAACACCUGGACAAGGAGCAGAUGACAACAGGGAUUUACACCACCAAAUGGUUUCUGCAGUGCUUCAUUGACAGAACCCCUUUUACCCUCACCCUGCGUCUAUGGGACAUCUACAUACUGGAGGGAGAGAAGAUGCUAACUGCUAUGGCUUAUACAACCCUCAAGUUACACAAGAAGCGCUUGCAGAAGCUCCCGUUAGAGGACCUGAGGGAGUUUCUCCAGGAGCAGACGGCUGUUUCUUUUUUCCUGCCUGAUGAUGUGGUGAUUGAACAGUUACAGGCUGCGAUGUCUGAGCUUCGUGGUAAAAAGCUGGACCAACCUCCCCCAGCCAAGUCAGAGGAGCUGCCAAAGAAACCUCUGGGUCAAGAGAGACCAGUUCUCAUUCUGCCUCUGCAGCCUGACUCUCCUCUGGAGGUCAAAAUAAAUCUGCAGCCCAACAGUCAACCCAAUACAGAGGCCCAGCAGACAGUGGGAAUCGCCCUACAGCAGACCCCUUCUCCUGCAGACCUUCAGGACUCGAGAACACCCCCUCUGCCUUCACCUGACCCAGUUGUAGUCUGCACAGAAAGAACACCUUCUCCUUUAAGGCCGUGUAGAGCACCUCCGUUACCUCCAAAAGCAGACAAAUCACGUGCUGAGGUCAGGUUGGAUGGAGAUGUGAGGGAAUUGCCUCCAGAGGUUACCCAGACCGACAAUGUGGGAAAACAGGAGAGCCAGCCUGAAGACCCAGAUACUGAGGACGAGCCUGUGGAUUGGCCUCCUCCCUAUGAGCCCCCUGCUUUGGAUGCUCUUGCCAUGCAGACUGAGGAGGAGAUUAUGGACCUUCCAGACCUGCCACCUCCACCUUUCUUUGACACUGAGCAGAAUGACCAAGGGCCUCAGGACAGUAAUUCACCCCGCCUGGGGGUUGGCCGGGACAUCCAGCGGCGCUCUCCUUCCCCCCGCUCAGCCUCACCACUGGUCCCACAAAUGAAGCUAUCUCCGAAACCAUGUCCAAAACCACCCACGUCACUUGACCUCACACAGAAAAAACCUCUUCCCUUAAAGCCUUCCUCUGCCCGUGCCUUCACCAACACCUCCUCCUCCUCUCCCAGACUUCCUCCAAAGCCGACCAAGUUCCCAGUCUCUCUCUACGUCCCCGUGCCCGCGGGUGACCGACGACCAUCCAACACCUCCCAGUAUGACAACCUUUCCGAGGCCGAUGAAGACGACCGCUACCUGGAGAGGCUGCUGGGCUCCACGCCCGAGGAAAUUCCCCCUCAUACCAUUAACAGAGACUAUGACCCUGCUCUCUUCCCUCUGCCGCCACCUCCUCUGUACAUCCCUCCUUCGCCUUCUCUUACUCCCCCCUCGCUGUGCGCUCUCCCCAGUUUGCCUCAGGAGCCAGAAUACCAAGGGGAAGACAGCUGGGUGGAGGACUCCAUCAUCCCCCCUCCUCCAGCUAGUUUUGCUGACAGACUCAGUCCCUACCAGUGUAGCGCUGCCAGCCUUUCAGACACACACAGAGCCACCUCGCCCAGUUACUCUAAGCCGUUCUCUCGGGGCCCCAGGGACCAUUCUGCUUUUCCAGCACCACUGUUGUACACCGGGUCUCCCCCAGGCAACUCAAAGCCCUCAGGACAGUCAGCAGUAGGGGUUCCCAUGAUCCGAUCCAGCCCAGACUUUUGCAGGAUGCCUCCAGGUGAACAGCAACUGCCCAAAUCAGUGACCUUUUGAAGUUUCACACUGUCAUCGAAGCGUCACUGAUUAUGCCAAGACGAUUCGGACUCUCUGUCAAUGCUUGAUCAGUGUCAAAGCCAUUUAAGAGGUGAAAGGCCAGUAGCUAUUCAGUGUGUCAAAGGUUUGUGUGUGAAUGUGUGUGAAAGGACUUUUUUCAUUGAUGUGUACAGAUUUAUGUGAUAUUUGCACCUUUUUUGUAAGGGCAGUUAACUUUUUUAAGUGUCAAACUUGUAUUUAAAACUGCUGUCUGUGUUACUGUUUGCUGCACAAAACGUGAGUGUUAACCCGCCUGCUCUUGUUCGUGUGCGAGACCCGAUUUGGUCUUCAGUUCAGUGGGUGGUAAAGGAGAAAUUUACACAGAAAUAAGGUGAUCUGAUACCAGCUGAGUGUUCCGCUGUUGCUUCAUCGCCAGUCAGUUCCAUUUUGUUCCAACAAAAGUGUCUUAACCUGAUCGCAGUGCACUGAGACGAGCAACCCUUAACACAAAGGGCUUUCGAGGCUGCAGAGUGAUGUCAUCUUUGCUAAAGCACCCAAAGCCUAUACAUUUAUACUGUAUUUAUGGUCAACUGUGAGCAGGCUCACACAUCUUAACAGUAUGUCAAACUGUAACGAGUAUCUAACAAUUUCUUUACUGGUCAAUACUUGAUAACAAAGGACCACUGAACCAGGUUGCGCCAAAGCAGUUUGCAUGCACACUUUUUUUUAAAAAAAAGUUGUAACACCAUCAACAGGGAAGACAUGGUGCAAUACGUCACUGAUGGAAAUACGGAAGCUUGUUUCAUUUACAUGAAGCCCGGUCAGGUUUUUCCCAGGCAGGCAGUCGUGGGUACUCUGUGGGUACUUUGCUGCUUUUUUAUGUUUUAAACUGACUCGUAAUGAUGAUCAGUUUCAUAGAAAUAGUUAUAGUGCUAUAUCUGUUUGUCUGACACAUGGGUUCACAGCGAUAACGUACUGUUUCAUGUAUAUAUACAUGCAUGUAUCAAGGCUAAACGGGAAGGUUUUAUUGAAUGCAACUUAUUGUCAGCACUGACAGAUACAGUAAAAAUCCUCGUCACAAUAUUUAUGAAGAGUAGCUCCAUCUAGUGGCCACAAUGUGUCAUUGACAGUAGCUGGCUUCAAGCUAAAAAAUGAAGUCCUUGCAUUAAGCACACAUAUCCAGUAACCAUGACAUAAAUGCUACCUAUCAUGCUUAUUUAUGAAUGUGCACACAUUAAUACAAGGACAGAUUCCUUAAGACACUGUUCUCUACUGCCACGGACCAGGGAGAAAAGAAGAUGAAGCAAAGCUGAAUCUAUAUUUUAGAGCCAUUGUAAAGACUGUUGUCAAUGUAUUUUAAUUGCUCUGAGCAAAAGAGAAAUGGAAGUUGAGCCAUAACAUACUGUACAAGGACCUAAUAGUCAAACAUGUUUAUAUUGUUCAUGCAGUUACAUAUUAUGUUUAUAUACUACGUCUAAACAUCAGUUUGUUUUUUGCACUGACCUUUGUUAUUACCGAGAGGUUUUGCAAUUCUCUUUAAGUAUUCAGAUUUGUAACAGAGUUCCAGGUUACUGCUAAAAAUGUUCCUCUUAGGAAGCGAUGUUAACAGAUGUUGUGUUCAUGAACUUUGGUCUUGCUGCUGUGAUGCGUCCCCAACAACUUGGAUCGGGGCCUGCACACAAGUAUAUUUGGCUCGCGGGAGUAUUCUUUAGUCACCUGACCCGACCACCAACUGUACAUCACUGCUCCUUUUAUAUGAAUCUGGUUGACAUCAGUGAUGCUGUGGCUCAGACCAAAGCUUAUGUACAUUUAUGCAACUACUUAUUUGAGUUUUAUAAAGAGAUAAACCUUA